AUGGGAGACGAUCUCAAGGCGUCCAUCGACGCGCUCACCAAGCACAUGGAUCUGCUGCAAAAGUCGAUCGAGGCCAAUGCGCAGGCGAUCCAUGAUCUCUCCGUCACCAGCUCCUCGACAUCCGGUGGGCGCCCGGGCACGGGCGAACAUCACCAAGAUCGGCCGCCGAGGCACUGGCACCCCGACUUCCCGCACUAUGACGGCAAGAGUGACCCGCUGAUCUUCAUCAACAGAUGCGAGUCCUUCUUUUUGCAGCAGCCGAUCAUGCACGAGGAGCGCGUUUGGAUGGCAUCGUACAAUCUCCAGGAGGGAGCCCAACUAUGGUACAUGCAGGUCCAGGCGGACGAGGGCACGCCGACAUGGCCACGCUUCAAGGAGCUUCUCAACCUACGCUUCGGACCCCCGCUCCGUUCGGCGCCCCUCUUCGAGCUGGCGUCCUGUCGCCGCACCGGGACGGUGUCCGACUACCAGGACAGCUUUCAGGCAUUGCUUCCCCGCGCCGGCUGCCUUGACGAGGCACAAAGGGUUCGGCUCUUCACGGGGGGGCUCUUGCCACCGCUCAGCCUCCAGGUCUAG